AUGGAUAAAGAGUUUAAUUAUCACACUUUCUUUAAUGUUGAUUGGGAAAGUUGGAUUAAUUAUAACUUAGGCCUUAGCGAAAAUUGGAAGACAAUUUUUGCUAUUGCUCUUUGGCACAUUUGGAGGGCAAGGAAUUUCACGGUUUUUCAAAAGGCUAUGCCUCACCCCGUUACUAUGUUUAAUAGAUAUAUGGUGGAUUCGGUAGCAAAUAUUAACACCUUUCAGGGAAAUAUAAAGGCUCAAGCAUCUUUGAGAGACAAAGCAAGGUGGGAAAGACCAAGGGGACAAACUAUCAAAGUUAACAUAGACGGCUCUUGGAGGAAUGAUGGCAGAGUUGGUGCUGGAGCAAUUGUAAGAGGCUCAGAUGGUGGCUGGUUCUUCGGCAAGUCAUGGAAGACCAAGGCACGUAAUCCUGCUGAGGCUGAGCUCCUUGCAAUCAGAGGGGGUAUGCAAAUGGUGAUUGAUGCGGGGCUUAAAGAUGCAAUCAUAGAGACGGACGCUCAAACUCUCAAAAGCACCUUACAAGAUGUGGGAAAGCAAGGCACACACGAACUUUCUGCCAUCCUCAAGGAUGUUCAGGUAUUGCUGAACAAAGGUUGUGACUUCGAGUUUAAUUAUGCUGAUAGGGAAGCCAACAAUGCGGCACAUUACUUAGCAAAGUUGGCUGUGGAGAUGGAUGACUAUAUGAAGCUAUAUGACGAACCUUCUACAAGUGUCAAGGAUGUCUAUGAAGUUGAUCGUGUGCAGAGUGCAAUAUAG